AUGGCUAAAGACGCUCACAAAGAUCCAAUCGAAACCACGGUGGAUGGAGCUCCCGUCCACAAGGCCUACCCACUUCCAUCCACAGACGUCUAUGAAAAGAUUCCGCAUGCUGGAAUUCCACGUGCCAAUCUCGCUCCUUCUGCUGAGCACCCGAAUGGAUCUUCAGACAUACACCACAAGAACUACUCUGUACUUCAACAACACAUUGCCUUCUUUGAUCCAGACAAUGAUGGAGUCGUAUACCCUUGGAACACAUACUCUGGAUUUCGAAGAAUGGGCUUCGUGAUGUCAUACUCCUUCUUGGCUAUGCUCUUCAUUCACUUGAAUAUGGCUUACCCUACUCAAACAUCUUGGAUUCCAAACCCAGCGCUACCUAUCUUCAUUGCCAAUAUUCACAAAGUGAAACAUGGAAGUGACACUGACAUUUACGACUCUGAAGGCCGAUUCCGACCAGACCAAUUCGAAGAAUUGUUCUCUCGAUUUGGUAAAACUCGCAAAGAUGCAUUGACUGCUACUGAAGUUCGUAUGAUGUUGUCUCACCAACGUCGUCCUUGGGAUAUCUUUGGCUGGAUUGCAUGCUUCCUCGAGUACUUCACCUUGUGGCUAUUGUGUGGUGAAGGUUCUGGUUUUGGGUCUGACAGCUACAUUACAAAGGAAAACAUCCGACGACAAUAUGACGGCACCCUCUUCUUCCAAAUGGAAGCCAAAGAAAACGCACGCAAGCAACAAAAGGUUGAACGUUCCGAAAAGGCCAAGAAAGCUACCACCAACACUGCCCAUAAAAAAGUGGUCGAACCUGUUCAACAUAUGGUUGGCAAGGAAGAAUAG